CGUGGAUGUGUUGUCACGCAACGCCACCGGUCAGGUCAGCAGGCAGGAGACUCCUGUCCUGAAUGACUAAAAUUAGAUCUGUCCACGCAGAACUUCCCUGUAGGAACAGUGACAACGUCACGGGCGUCGUGAAGUUCAAAGUUCAGCCAAACAAACUGCGAUGGCCUCGGUGAGGAACGACACCCGGCUGACCGCUUCUCAGAGCUCCCUGUGCCUCGGCUUCUCUGGUUUCUUCAGCAAAACCGUCACGUCCCCUUUGGAGGUGGUGAAAAUCAUAAGCCAGGUGGGAACAUUUCACAGCAAGAGCGGCUUCUGGCAAAGCUUCAUCAUCAUCUACCAGAAAGAGGGACUUCGAGGGUUCUGGAAAGGAAAUCUGGCUUCGUGCCUUCGGUUGUUUCCUUACACAGCAGUUCAUCUCACAACAUACAAGAAGAUAGUCCACCUUCAUAUGGAUGAGUUUGGCUCCAUCUCUCAAUGGAGGGCCAUAUUUGCAGGUGGGCUUGCUGGUGUUGCUGCAGCAUUUGUAACGUACCCUCUGGAGGUGGCAGAGACCAGACUCAUUAUUCAGAACUGCAGACAGCCCACUUAUACGGGCGUAGCUCACACUGUCUCAAAGGUCUACAGGAACGAAGGGUUGCAUGCUCUCUACAGAGGAUUUUCCCUCACAGUUGUGGGUGUGGUUCCUUUUUCUGUGGGAUGCUAUGUAGUCUACAUAAAUAUAGACAAGCUCUGGCAGGAGCCACCUUCUCGCUUCACUCCCCUGCAGAACUUCAUUAAUGGCUGUUUUGCAGCAGGGGUGGCUCAAACCCUCUCGUACCCGUUUGAAACUGUGAAACGAAAAAUGCAAGCGCAGAGUGCCCAUCUUCCUCAUUUUGGUGGAGCUGACGUCCAUUUUACCGGAGUGAUUGACUGUUUCAUGCAAGUUGUAAAGACCAAGGGCAUCCUGGCACUCUGGAAUGGACUCACUGCUAACACAAUAAAGAUUGUUCCCUACUUUGGUCUUCUUUUCACCUGCUGUGAGAUGUGUAAGCAGGUUUGCCUUUACCAUAACGGCUACAUCGUCUCACCUCUGAGCUACAAGCGCACACCGGGGGUCGACCAGAGCCUCGGGCCAAAUGAGCUGCAGGAGGUCCAACGCUAUCUGAGAAACAGGAACUUUGGGUCAGGAGAGUCAUCUUUGGGAAACCGCUUCACGUGAAGAUGUCUGGUUUUUGAAGAAAAAGAAAACUCUUUACUGUGUUGCACAAGCGAAAGACAGAAAUGAUGUCACACAAGGACAUUCCAGUUCUUUAGAACUGAAUAUUUUGUAUCCAACAGUAUUACUUGUUUAAGAACUGUCUGUUUAAAACUUUUGACCAUUUUUAUGCAGUACAACAUGUGCCUUGAGUGUUAUGCAUUUAUUUGGGGCUUAUUGCAGUUAUUACUGUAAUUUCACACAGUGCCAUGGCCUAUGUACAUGUUGGUUGGAAAAAGCUGUUUCACUGUGGAACAAAACUAAUAAGUAUGCCUUUAUAGAAUUGAUAAUAUAUAUUUAUAAUGUUUGGAUCCUUCAGAUAAAAUUGGACAAUCAUAUGAAUCUACCAACAUGGAUUUAUAGCUGCAGUAAUAGAGCAUUAAAUUGUUUUUCCUUUGA